AUGUCAACAAGAUGGGAGGUGACACGAAAGCAGCCACUGACAAUGCAAGUGGAGAAAAGCUUGCUAAUAACCCUCUCUCAAGGAAGAUUAACAAAAUUCUUGAGACCAGACUCGAAAAUGACAAGGAUACUCUUGAUGCUCUGAAGGAGUUGUCAACAUUUUUCACAGAGAAUACGCUGAGAAGUCGCAGAAAUCUCAGAGGCGAGAUUGAGAAACGUAGUGUUGGAAUUAGUGAGGAAUUUGUUCAUGCUCUCCGAGAUGUAAAGGAAGCAGUUGAUGACAUAUACACAGAGGUUAGUUCAAUGAAUGAAGUUUGUGUUGAUAUGAAGCGCAGACUACAGUCAACAAAGUCUGAGACUCGUCACCUAAUUCAUCAGACAACCUCACUUCAAAAUCAAAGUAAUAAAUUGCAUAUGGAAGAAGAAGUUGCUGAUGCUUUUGUGCGAACCUUUCAACUAACACUGGAAGAAGUGUCCGUAAUAAAGGGCUCAACUAGGGAGUCACCCAUCACUCAGGAGUUUUUUUCUGCACUGGAGAAAACACAGAAGAUUCGAAACAAUACUAAAUAUUUACUGCAGACAGGUCACCAAAAAACAGCUCUGGAUGUUAUGGAACAGAUGAAUGUGUGUCGUGAGGCCGGGCUGGAACGUCUGUACCGCUGGUGUCAAUCCCAGUGUCGCUCGCCAGAUCCUUCACCAUUGCUUACUCAAGCCUUGGCUGCUCUUCAGGAAAGACCAGUUCUUUUCAAUUUAGUAGUUGAAGAGUGGAUAGUUGUUCGACGAGGAUGGCUGGUACGGGGUUUUUUAGAUGCUCUUACCAUUGGUGGACCUGGUGGUGCUCCCCGUCCUAUUGAACUCCAGGCUCAUGACCCCUUGAGAUAUGUCGGCGAUAUGCUGGCAUGGGUUCAUCAGGCAUUACCAUCUGAGAGAGAAGCUGCGCAGGUCUUGUUUGCUAAAUGCUCAAAUAUUGAUCCUGUAGAGCAGACACAAUCUACUGUGGCAAGCAUAUCUGAAAGCGUGUGUCGGCCUCUGAAGACACGAAUUGAGCAAAUGAUAGUGACUGAUCAAAGAAGAGAAGGUGGCAAAAAACCUGUGCAGUUGUACAAGAUCAGUAACCUCUUACGAUUCUACCAUAACACCAUCCUACAGGUCUUCUGGUUCCUCAUUGCUGUCAUUGAAGGGGUUUCUCAUUACCCCUUCACAACUUUCUCCUGCUCUGAACACUAUCGCCGGCGCCAUGCGCGCACAGCAGACUUUGAUGUCAUGAGGCCAAUGGUGAGCCAUGUCAGUGAACGCAUUGAACCCCCAGGAGAAGUGCUGGCUCCAACACCUGGUGUUGCUCGUACGCUUGGGCUACUCACAGAAGUAGUUACAGCAGCAACUAUAGCAGAUGAUGCUCAGCAUGACUUUAAGCAGAUUGUCAGCUGUGUAGUUGAUCCACUGGUAAAUGCCAUAAAUGAGAGUGCCUCGGGAUUAGGAGCAGUAGAAUCUGCUGUCUACUUGCUAAACUGUUUCCAUCAGCUGCACUCAACAUUAUCCCUCCUACAUGCUACUGGAGAAAAAUUAGAAAUGAUUCAGGGCCAGAUUGAUGCCCAGCUGGAUACACUGGCACAGGAACAGAUCAGUGGAGUGUGUCACAGUGUGGGUGUGGCCAGCAUGUACCCCUUCAUCACUCAUCCCACCACACCACUCUCGCAGAACCCUGCCUGCCAACCUCUUGCCAUACAGGCUUUCAUGACUAAACUUGAUGGCUUCUUGGCAGCACCUGAUCAUCUCAUGCUCCCUCAUACACGUCUCCUCCUAAGCUCAAGUUUCCGUAGGACCUUGCAGCAGCGAACAGCAGAAGCCAUAACAUCAGUGUAUACCAAGCUCUAUGUAAUUGUCCAUGACCCCAGCCAUGGCUACAAUGAUCCAAGUUGCCUUCUUCCUCGUGAUCCAGAGACUGUGAAAACUCUACUAUCUUAGAAGUGUUUUAUAACUAGUUUUGAAUUGUGUGUGUGGGGGAUUUCUUGGUAUAUUUUUUUUUAAAUUGAAUUAUGUAUUAUAAGUUAUAGUUUUGGUAUCAAAUGUUGCUGUUAUACUGUAUUCAAAGGUUCAUUUUAUGUAUUACUUAAAAAUAGCUUGUUUUAACCUGUUUCCUUACACCUGAUGCCACACACAAUAUCUGGGAUGUGUGAUUGCUAAAAAGAUGAAUUUAUGCAAUUAAAGUUGAGAACAUAGUCAGUUAGGGAAGUAAAUUGGGUGCUGCAAUGAAAAUUCUGGUUAUUAACAAUUAGACAGGACUAAAUGAAUUCAAUUUGCAUGAUUGAGCAGUGGGGUCGACUCUCAUCUAUUAUUGAGAUGCUGGUGCGGUGUGGCCAUGAAAAAUUAAAGAGUUAUAAUACAAAAAAAUAGACAAGAAGAAGCAGGUGUGGUGUUUGGAAAGUAAAUGUUAUGGUGAGGUGUGAAGUGCAAAUGUCAAUAAAUAGCAAGAGUCUGGAGAGCAUCCUGAGAUGGUUUAGACAUGUUGAAUGAAUGGAUGAUGAAAGACUGGUGAGGAAAGUGUAUUCUAGUGAAUUUGAGGAUAGGAAAGAAUGCCAAGACGAAGGUGGGUUAACGUUGUGACAUAGUGAAAGGAAGCAAAGAGUGAGUGUAGUAAAGAAUGUGCAAUAUUUUACAUCAUUGUGCAGUGAGCAUCAUAUAUAAUCGUGAAUGGCAUUUUUAAGCCAGAAGUUUAAAUUAAAUUAAAGAAGUUUCUCAUUAAAUUUCAUAGGCUAGAUACUAAGUAAUUACUCCGUAUGAUAACUAAAUGGUAUUCAUAUGCUCCCUCCUAACCAAUUUCUUUCACCCAACAUUGUUAGUUUACACUUAUUGUGCACUAUUAUAUAUGUAUGUUUGUUCACCAUACUGUAGCUGCUCAUCUUCACAAUCUUUUAACCCCUCAAUCCUUUGGUUUCUGAUAUCCAAUAAGUAGCUGUACAGUUUAUUAUUUUCUCAAGUGCAAAUUAGUGACGUUAUGCUGGGUAUACCUGUAUCAUCAUAAUAUUAUGGACUCCAAAGAACUAUGGAUGAAAUUGCAAUACCUGCCCUUAAGAAAAUUCCCCUAAUCUCGAAGCCUAGUUCUUUUAUAGCUUAACAUAUCUUCCAGUAAUAUACUGGGCCUUAUUAUACGUGGAGAAACAAAUGGAUAGGUUUAUCUUAUACAGUAACAGACUCCACACUGUCAAAAUUGAAAGUGAAAGUGGUCAGUUUCCUUAACCUUUUUCCAUAUUGGCCAUACUAAAUUGACAUAAUCUUCAGAUUUCCUAACUCUCUUUCUCUAAACAAACCUAAACUUCCUAUUGAUGAUUAUCACAGAAAAUUAUAUAUUGCCUAAAAAAUAAUUAAUAGUAGUACUUACAUAAAGCAAAUUGGGCAUUUUAUUAUUUAUAAAAAAUUAAAAUAGGCUAAAGUAAUUUCCUAAUAACUACAAUAUUUAAUGUACCUGUACAUUGAAAUUGAAAAUUUAAAAUAUUGAAAAUAAGAAAUUUUGGCCAUACAAAAUUAUGUAUUGAAAUGACACAAUUUUCUAUUGUAUGUAAUUCAGAAGAAAACUGUCUUAAACCAUUAGCCUUCCACCACAAAAUUUCAUUUAAUUGCUUUCCUUCUGCUGUCUUCAAGGUUCUUGCUCUUGAAAACUGAUAUUAUUUUCCUUGCCUGAUAUUGAGCAAACAAAUUAUAAAGUCACAUAUUUCUAUUAACAAAUUUAUUAUACAUGUGCAGUAUUUCUGUAUAAAUAUCACUCCUUAAAGAUGAAUUGACAAUCACAACAACAAACUGUACAGUAAACAGGGAAAUUAAAAUAUAUGUUAAACAGUGCAGACAAUGAGUCACAAUGUGGCGGAAGAUAUGAUGACCAAACUACACGCCAGAAGAUGAAGAGAUGACGACGUUUCGGUCCGUCCUGGACCGAAUUAUCCACAAUCGACUUGAUAAUGAUCCAGGAUGGAUUGAAACGUUGUUGUCUCUUCAUCUUGUGGUGUGUGGCUUGGUCAUUAUAUGUUGAACAGUAAUACUGUCUGUGAUGGAAAUGGGUUUCAGGAAUUGGGUAUAUGCUGGCUUUGGCAACUAGGUAUACACUAAGGCUGUAUCCAGGAUUUAUAGUGAGGGAUCAUCCAUAAUUAUAACAAAUGUAAUUUUAAUUGCUAGAUGCUUGACAACUAAAAAUAAAAUGCUGGAAAAUUAAGAAGUAGGUAUACGAUCCCCCCAUUUCCAUCUCUGAAUAAAUGUACAUAUUAUUACAUUAAAGCAAAACUACAUUAUUCAUAAUUAUAGUGUUACAUAAUAUAUUAUUACUAUAUAGUACACAUAAAUAGCUAUUAAACAAAAUAAAUACUAUAUUAAAUAUCAGUGAGUAUGAAGUGAAGAGGCAUUCUUUGAAACUUAAGAACUCAUUCCAAGAUGAAUGUCUUACAUUUUUAUUGGUUAAUUGUUUUCAUUUUAUUCGGCAAAGUUAGGUGCUGGAAUGUAUCUCAUUAUUCAAUGUUUUAUACUUUUACUGUAAUUCCAAAAGAGAAGUUUUCACAAUACUGUACUAUAGUUCUGCCUGCAACAUUCAUGAGCACAAAAAUUCCCUGAAAAGAGAAAUAUAUGACCUCAAUGCACAACGUAAAUUUUACGGGGAACACAGGUCAUUAUGCCAGAACAGUGACCUCAAAUUAAUCCAUAACAGUGGUCACAGAGCUUUUUCCUCUUGUGUUGAGAAUCUCACAUUUAAGUUUCAUUGUAUUCCUCUGCAUAGCUGCACUUAUAACUAGUGCAGUCAUUCUUCACAAGUGCAGAAUCUUUGAGGAUCUUCAUGUGGGUUUUCAAUCUUUGUGGUAUGAAGAGCUCCAGUAAACUGGAAGAAAUUUGUUAAAAGUAAUUAAGGAUGUAAAUGCAACAUAAUACUAUGCAUAAACAUUUAAAUAUUCUAGGUACUUAUCAGAAUGUCUAAUUUUGAGCUAUAGAUGAUUCAACCAAUGCUACUUGUUGAUUGGUUAAGGGUAAUGUGCUGAUGUAGCUGAUACAAUGUCUUACUGCUCAUGGUGUGGUUUCCUGAAUGAUAUUUAGGUUCUCUUGAAUAUUCUUUUAACACAGUGCUAUACUGUAUAUAUAACCUUCCUGAUUUAUCACAUUUAGUUUUUAUUUCAUAUGAGAAUGUUUUCCUGAAUAACACGGAGUGAAAAGUUAUCGUCUCAUUGCCAAGUUAAUAUAAUUUGAAAGACCAUAAUAUAUUUUUACAUUUCUCUACUAUUUCUUGGGCUAUGCAAGAUAUUAAAAUGAUUUUGCAAAAUAAAUUUACAUUAUGAAAGGUGUUAAGUGAGGCAUAACAAAAUACAAAUGGAUAAAGACUAUGUAAAAUAAGAUUCUGAAAAUAUCAGUUCAAGAUUACCUA